AUGUUGGCCCCGGUUGUCUUUGCCGGCCUCUUUGUCGCUCUGUGGACAUGGAAGUGCUGCAUGCUUGUCCUCUUCCAGAACAAGAUCAUCUUCAUGCCCGGCAUGCCGCCCAACUCGCGCUGGGAAACCAUUGCAGACUACUCGGCCCGUUGCGCCGGCAUAAAGUGGCGUGAAGAGCGUGUCCGUGCCGCAGACGGGACAGAUCUCGCCCUCUGUGUAGCCGACGUAUCGUUAGGCAGCCUGGCAGCCUCCAACAGGCCACCCACCACGCAUUUCUACAUUCUCUAUUUCCAAGGCAAGUCUUCGGUGUCCGCAAUGGCUCCUGCUGGUAAUGCCGCGUCCACUCCUCCCCGGCUGCCAGACCUGUCCUCCACGCUGAGCAUGCUGAAAAAGCAGCUGCAGCAAGACGCGCUGAAUGCACGUUGCACAAUGGUCUGCCUGAGCUACAGGGGUUAUUGGACUUCAAGAGGGCGGCCCAACGAGAAUGGCAUCCGGCUGGAUGCCACUGCUGCGCUUAACUGGACCUCCGCUUAUCACGCAGGAUCGGCUGGUGCAGGAUGCAAAGGUCAUGCAGUCUAUUGGGGCCAGAGCGUUGGCUCGGGCGUGGCCACCAACCUUGCUGCCGAGGUGGACGUGCCCUCCAACCUUCGCCUCGACAACCUGAUCCUCGAAACCCCCUUCACCUCGAUCAGAGCCAUGCUCUCCGUCUUGUACCCUCAGAAGUGGCUUCCGUAUCAAUACCUGUGGCCUUUUCUUCGCACGCAUCUAGACAGCUACGCCAAUAUUGCCGCGAUAGCCGAGCGAUAUCGCAACACGGAAUAUCAACCCCAAGUUCUCAUCCUCGAGGCAGCCAAGGACGAGCUCGUUCCCUCCGAGUUGAGCCAGCAGAUACUGGAAAGGUGUCAAGAGGUUGGCCUUGAGGUGAGUCGUGAGAAGGUCAAUGGCGCUUUCCACAACGAUGUCAUUUUCCGAGCCGAGGGCAGGAGAACAGUAUCUGGGUACUUGGCCCGCAGGCUUGCAGCCGUGCAGCACAAUAGUCUAGGCAAAUAG